UGUCUCGAUUGUAAACACUGCUGCUGUGGCGGCUGCUUCCUCAGUCUUUGUCGAGUUAGCUAACAUGAUGUGCCAGCGUCUAAUAUUUCUCUCGCUAAAGAUUUUCAGUCGAGUCUGCACACGUUAUAGCUGUUCAGCCAAAGUAGAUAUCAGAUGAUGUUAUAAAGUUUAUUUGGGGGAUUUUUACAAGACCGCAUCAAGUUACUAUCAUAAAGUUAUUCUCGCUGUAGCUAGUUUCAGCUAGCUAACUCUUAGACGCGUCAAGUCCGCAUCUCUUGCAGAGGAGUUAAACGCAACAGUAUUCCGGCUGCUGUGUAAACUCACCUUGCUCUCUGCUGAAAUGUUACUGCCUUUGGUGAGCCUUUGUGCCAGGGAGGUGGUGAGUGACCACAGCUCGUCACCCUGCUGGCUGAGGUGGGUGCCCAGGGAGCUUUACAGACCGCUGCUGGAAGCCGCCUUCGCCAGCUGCAGACCGCUGGCUGUGGGUGAACUGGUGCAGAGAUGGCCUGAACGCUCACUGCGUGUCGGUGGACAGAGGAAGAAAGGAGAAACUGCGCCAAAUCGACUCUGCAUCCAGGCUCUGUUACUUGCAGUUGCCAGAGGACUGUCGGACCAAAGGUAUGCCUUGCGAUUUCUGGACCUCUGUGGACUGCAAGGGGAUGAAGGAGGUACAGGAGACCCCAUGGGAGGCUGGUCUUUGACCGUAGCUCUCUGCACCAUGGUUGUUCAGGGAAGAGCUGGAGCACAGAGAGCACAUAGGAGAGAGGGAGAUCGGGAGAGGAAAAGGUUCUCAGCUCUGGAGAGAGAAAAGGAUGUGAAAAGAGAGAGGGGGAAGUGGAUGAGGGGAAAGGAACCAAAUGGGGAUGCGGCGAGCACAGAUGAUGAGGAGCUGGGUGGAAAACACAGAGAGAAAAUGGGAUCAUAUGAGAUCCUGGGUGAAGAGGAGUUGAUUAAAGGUGUCAGGAGGAGGAUGGAGAUAGAGAGGAAAAGAGAGAUUUCAAUAACAGAUUUAGGAGGCAGCAGAAAGGAGACAGAAGAAAAAGAUGUAAAUAGUGACGUUUUGGUGAAUGUGAGAGCUGAUCUUUUUGUGAAUGCUCGAUCCUGGGAGCGUGUUCGCGUGGCUCUGACCACACUGGGACCCCUCAAGCUUCAGUGCAGAUACCUGCGUGUGGAAGAGAUUUCAGUGUCCAGUAUCAGGACCCUGCUAGACCUCCUGCCUCGCCAGGGUCUUCUGGGCAUUGAUGUUCGCUACAGCAGCCUCGGGGUGGUUGGCUUGGCUGAGCUCUUGCCUCUGUUUUCCACUUUCCCCGCACUGAACUCUCUUCACUUGCACUACUGCAACUUGGAUUUUCGCAGAGACCACCCAGGCCUGGAAGAGGCCCUGAGGGACUUGUCACUGGGUCUGGCAAAGCUACAAGGGCUGCGACGCCUCAGCCUCACUGCACUGCGCCUGCCUGGACAGCUUCGUGUGCUGCUUAGCUCACUGCCUCAGCCACUCGAGAUACUGGAGCUGCCAUAUUUGAGCCUGAGCCCAACUGACCUCGCCUAUCUGUCCUGCAGCCAUCAUGCUUCUUCACUGCAGCAACUUGAUCUAAGUGAGAACCAUCUGGAUGAAAGCACCCUGCCCUCCAUCCGCCGCCUCCUUUCCCAGGCUUCCAGUAGCCUGCAGCACCUCUCACUAAGUGGCUGCGGCCUGACCGAUAGCCUGCUGGGACUCUUGCUGCCCUCACUAGGAGGCUGCUGGGCCCUCAAGAGCUUGGCCUUGGCCCUGAACCCACUGUCCAAGGCAGGCCUCAUGGACCUGAUGAGGACGGCUAUGAGAAUGCCUUCCCUCCGUAACCUCCUCUACCCCAACCCUCUCGAGGACUACCAGCCGGGCCUUCCUGACCUGCCUUCCAGCUCUCAGCUUUUAGAUUGGCCGCUGGAUGAAGCCACAAACAUCAACACAACCAGCAGUCAGCUCAACAGGCUGCUGAUAGAAGGUGGACGCACUGACCUCUUUCUGACAUGCGACCUGCUUAACUAUGAUAAAGACUUUACGGACUAGAGCAGAAGGACACAGGUCCUAACAUGUAUCAGAACAAUGUAGAUACACCUGACAAUCAAAUUAUCAAUCUAAUAAUGCUGUAGUGUGUGGUUAUCUGUAGUAUCACCAAGCAAAGAAUGAAUUAUUCAUUUAUGCACACACUUCGUUAAACAGAAAAGCUGGACUAAUGAAGGAGACAGCAUUAAUCCAUGUUUCAAUAAAGCGGUGCUACACUUUAAUAUAUUCGCAUGUUGACUGUAUAAAUUAAAUUACUGCCUCGGUCACUGCUGGUUUUGCACAAAAAAAAAAAAAAAACAACUCACAAAAGUCUCAGUGCUUUACAAAA